CGCGCCGUUGCUAAGGGAGGCCUUGGCCGUUGCUAGGGGAGGCCUAGUCUGUCGUUGGGGGCGGCCUAGCAGCGGCCGUCAUGGCGGCGGCGCUGAGUUGCCAAGCUGUGUGUUUGUGAUCUGCUGGUGGCACAGUGUGAUAUAAAUUGCUGUUGUGACCCUGACUGCAGUGCAGCAGAUUUCAGUCUCUUUACUACAUGUUCAGUUCCUAUUGUCACCCUUGCAUUGAAGGAAGAAGAAUAUAUCUUCAGACCUUCAUCGAUAUAAUGCAGUGUCUGGAAUUUAAGAAAGCUGAUGCCACGCGACCAUCUGGCCACCUCCAUAAUCCAGUAGCAGCUUCUCAGUAACCUCUAAUUGAGGUUUACAGUAUCAACUAGAAACAUGAUCAAUUCAGGGCUUAAUGAAAUAGUAGGUGACAGCCGUCUUUGUAGUCAGAAAGCUGCUAUAUAUUCACUUGAUACUGAAGCAAAUCCACCAGAAAGAGUUUUUAAAUUAGUUGACCAUAUAAAUCCCAGUGUUUUCUGCAUUCAUGCUACAAACUAUGAACAAGCACUCUCCUUUAGUUCCCCUGAAAUACCUACUGCUGAAAAUUUUGAUCAGCUACUUAGGAAGUAUGGAAGUGCUACUUUCAGUGCUGAGCCCGACAACUGGAGUAUGAACUCAGAUGCUUCAGACCCUUCUGAUGCAAACGAAAGUUACAGAUAUGAGUAUGGUGUUCCUAUACAGACGGUGGAUGCAUUUCUCAGGCUGCCUAGUCCUGUUGUCUCCUCUUGGUGCUCUGAUGCAAACCCUGCAGGGUUCUUAGUACAGCAGGCUACAAAAUGCAUUCGAUCAAUCAGCUUGGAAAAAUGUGACAAUGUUCAAGCAGCUAGUAUGCUUUUUUAUAUCAACUCCAGCAUUUUAGCAGUGCCUAAAUCAAGUCAGAUGGUUAAUAUUACUGUCCGGUCCAUAGUUAUCCAAUCUCUGAAUGGAAUGCAGACUUUACUUAACAGCAGUGAUGUCCUCAGGCACCCUAUGGUUUUGAAUGAACUGUGCACAAAUAUAGUUCUUGGGGUGAGUUAUCAUAUUACAUACACAGACACAGGAGAAAUAAUAGAAGCAGCUGCUUCUUUUGUCUUGGGAACAGUUAACAAAGAAGCACUUUCAAUACAACAGAGCUUUGAAAUCAGCUUUACUCAGGUAAAUACAAAUCCAGUUCCUUUCAGUGGUAAUCCUGGUUAUGUUGUUGGACUGGCUGUAAGAGCAGGCUUCAAGCCACAAGGAUCAGGCAUCAUUCAGAAUACUAACAAAUACAGUCAGCUCACUAUUCUGCAAAGUACAGCCAACCAGGAUUGUCUCACAGCACAGGAAGCCAGAACCCCAGUGUUAUUUGGUUACAACAUGAUAUCAGGCUGUAAGUUACGAAUUACAGCAGCUAUGAAUUGCCAGCCCUUGGCUCAGAUCCUCCUAGAUUUACUGAUGGGACAAAGCUUUCCUGAAUAUGUGGCCUCAUUUGGAAAUUCUCAAGCCCAGGAUGUGCUUGACUGGGUGCCAAUAACUCACCUUCGCACCUCAGAACAGAGCUCCUGCCAAAUACCAGUAGCACUUGAAAUAGAAGUGAAGUGGACUAAAUAUGGAUCCCUAGUCAAUCCACAAGCCAGAAUAGUAAACGUUACAGCAACAACCACUACUACUACAUUGAAGCAGCUUCCUCUGGGAAGAGAAAGGACUAUUCCUAUAACAAGUUCUGUUGUUUUCACUGAUAUUUCUUCACCUGCAGAACCAGGCUAUAAAGCUUGGCCCACCAUUAAUGCCAAGUUACCCCAUGACUUUUUCUUCCCAUUUGUCUAAGAAAUGUGAACAGUUAAAUGAUGCUUUCAGAAGAGCUCAGUGACCCUCCAGCUGGCUGUGGCUGAAAUCAAUUGGAGAAGCCUGCUGCAGUCAACACCUAUUCCUCAAGUCUCACUCUUCAACUAUAAAAUAUCCCACGGCUGCUAAUACCUGAAGAAGUUGACACUGUAUUCAAACACCAGCCUUUAGAAUAUGCUUCCUAAUUUAUUUAUUUUUCCCAGAGUCUAACUGUUCCCAGAAGUCCACUCACCUAGAUCUUGUCUUACAUAUUCUAAUUCUUUUAAUGUGUUGAUUUAUGAGCUGUAGAAGCAGACGACUUCGUAGCCCAGCAGCCUGCAAAUGAACACUUAAAUGGAAGAAAAGAUGGUAGAAUACAAUAUCAGAACUCAGAUCUGCUGCUGAGAAUCAAGCAUUGUUUGACAUAAGAUGGCAUGUGUUUGUCUCUAUUUUGGUACUCAUUUGAUCGCCAACUAAAGUCAGAUGUUGGUAUUUUUGGAUAAUAACAUAAAUAAUGAAGUGGCACAAGCAGCAACAGAAAUCAACCAACAGUAUGAAAAGAACUGUUGGCAAAGAAGAGAUGUAGCAGUGGUGAACGGUCAGCUGUGAGAGAAGAAAUGACAUCUCCAGCCUGAAUUCUUAUAUCUGCUACAGUGAGUUUCUACAAGGUGUUGCAAACAAAGAACCUUAUCACUGAAAAACAAAAUUCCUUGAAAUGAGUGGUACUUCCUGAAUGUACAGCUUGUAAAGUUGUGUCUUUAUUAAAUUAUUUUGCACUUUUGUCUGUACAACUGUACAAGGGCCUUAUGGAGUCACUG